AUGGCAGACCAGAGGCAACGCUCGCUCUCUACCUCUGGGGAGUCAUUAUACCACGUGCUGGGGCUGGACAAAAAUGCCACUUCAGAUGAUAUCAAAAAGUCUUACAGGAAACUGGCAUUGAAAUACCAUCCUGAUAAAAACCCUGAUAAUCCAGAGGCAGCAGAAAAAUUUAAAGAGAUCAAUAAUGCCCACGCAAUAUUGACCGAUGCCACAAAGCGGAACAUUUACGAUAAGUAUGGGUCUCUGGGGCUCUAUGUAGCAGAGCAGUUUGGUGAAGAAAAUGUGAACACAUACUUCGUGCUGUCCAGCUGGUGGGCAAAGGCCUUGUUUGUGUUCUGUGGGCUCAUCACAGGCUGCUACUGCUGCUGCUGUCUGUGCUGCUGCUGUAAUUGUUGCUGUGGGAAGUGUAAACCGAAACCUCCUGAAGGCGAGGAGCAGGAAUUCUACGUAUCUCCAGAGGACUUGGAGGCACAGUUGCAGUCAGAUGAAAGGGAGGCCUCAGAUGCACCUAUUGUGAUACAGCCAGCAUCAGCUACAGAGACAACCCAGCUCACAGCUGACUCUCACCCCAGCUACCACACUGAUGGAUUUAAUUAAGUUAAGGAAACACUGUCAUUAGAAUGGAUUAAAAAAAAAAAAUACAUGGCCAACUCAACACUAGAAUCAUGAACAUUAGAAGUAGAGAAUGGGGAGGGGGAAUAAUUCUGCCACAGUAAGAAGGCAGCUUUCCAACCUGCCGAAAAUAUUUUGUAAUCCCUUCAGCCUUUUGUCACCUUUCAGUGUCGUAUCUGGACGAUACGUGAAGUGCUGUAGCAUGCAGUAUUUAAAGCAGUUUAGCUACGGUCUUAUUUGUUUCUUUUGGUUUUUUCUCCUGUUUUGUUUUUUUUUUUUUUUUAUAGCAUGUAUGGAGUUAUGUUCCAUGUCUGUGGUGUAAUGUAUUGAGUUGUCACAAUAUCAGUGCGAUUGAGACAUUCUGCAUUUUAAGCAGCAGUACUGGCCUAAAAAUGAGAUUUAGAAAGUGUCACAGAAGCCACUGUUCCUCCAUACAGCUGAGCUGUCGCAGACCUUUAGAAGUUGAGGAUUUUUAUUUGAGUGCAACAAACCAACUCUUUCGUUCCUCCUUCUAUUCCUGCGUUAUUAUCUAAGCAAGUUUACAAAGCCAAGAACCAAAAAAUGCCAGUCCUGCAGAGCUGGAGUCCUCUCUAAUGCUGGUUUUCAGCUUAAAUAAAUCUACCUUGAAAAAUAAAAAGGGAGAGUUGCCAAUCUUUGAACAGUAAAUUGAACAGCUCGUUGUGUAUGAGGCGAUCUCCAGUGACAAUGGAACCAAAACCAACUGAGAAUGGGCUCCUGUGGUGGUGGCAGUGGGAUUUCAACUCCAAGCACAAUUCUAUUGAUUUGAGUUCAGUUGUUUCCUUGUAAUGCUAAAGACCAAAUAGUGCAGCUUUGUUUCUGAAUGCAUGAGAAUCUUACAGUGAAACUGGUUGACUGGCUCUCACUGAGCAAACGAGUAAAAUGCAGACAGUAGGCAACAGCAGAAAUGUUUAAAAACAAUUGGUGUUUAAAAUUUGUUCUAAUAAUUUGAAACUUUUAUAGGCAAAUGGGUUAUUACAUGUCUUUUUUUAAAGCUUUUAUAAUACACUAACCCUUUAAUUUUCUCAUGAACAUCUUUGUGGCAUACUUAAAUGGAUUUUUAAGAGCAAACCACCUUUCUUUGUGUUUAUAUUGUAUAAUUUGCACAUUGUCUUGCAUUUAGAUUUGUUUACACCACUGUUUCUCUUUUCCUUGGAACAACUAUGUGGAAACCCUGAAAGGUUUCCUGUACUAUUUUGAAACCAAAUCAAGUCCAAAUUCUGUUCUGGAAACUGUGGUUUACUGAGGUUUAACUGUUAAAAAGGCAUUUUAGGCAGCUGCUGAAUUGCUGGUGUAUUUUGUUGUCAAUAGUCCUGCUUUAGGUGAUCCAGAGUCAGACCUAGAAGAGCUCCAGAGAACCCACACUUGGCACUUUCAGUGGGUAAUUACGGCCUCGUUAAUUUUGAUUGUUACAGUUUUUUAUAUCACAAAACCUCUACUGUCCUUUGUACCCUGAUCUGUUUUUCCCCUCUUCCUGUGGAGGGGCUGUUGGCACC